AAACGAAUCAAUACUUCAAAUCAACUCUAUUUCUCUUUUUUUUUUUUCUCUUUUCUUAGGCUCUCUCAUCUAUUUGUCUCUUCAGAGCUUUUUCUCAAACCAAACCCAUCCUGCCUAGGUGAGAUAAGAACUUUUUUUUUCUUUCUUGUUUAUUCGCUUUUCAACUCCGUUCAAAAUCACGGAAGCUGUGGAACUCAAAAGGAGGAGUUUGUUUAAUUGAAGCAUAAAAUGGAAGGUGUUGAUGCACUGAUAGGUGAAGAUAAACUGGUUCUAAAGGGGCUAAGUUUCUAUGGUUUUCAUGGAGCUUUGAAGGAAGAAAGGACUUUGGGGCAGAAGUUUUUUGUAGAUAUAGAUGCUUGGAUGGAUCUCAAACCAGCUGGAAAAUCUGAUAACUUGUCUGAUUCUUUUAGUUAUGUUGAGUUAUAUCGUAUAGCUAAGGAAGUUAUUGAAGGACCAGCUCAAAAUCUUCUGGAGUCAGUGGCCCAAAAAAUUGCAAUCUCCACUUUGGAAAUUCACAAAGACAUAUCUGCUGUUCGUGUCAAGGUUGGAAAGCCUCAUGUGGCAAUUCCGGGCCCGCUUGAUUACUUAGGUGUUGAGAUUUUGAGACGCAGAAGCGAUUUGACAGAAUAGAACUUUCAUAUUAAAUAAAUGCAGUUAUAGUAAAAGAUAUUUCUCAAAUCAGAUCAUCUUUGAUAGUUUAAAAUAGUCUAAGCGAGAUGUAAAAGUGAUGUCAUAUUAUUUCUCAAAUUUUCUAACACUAAAGAAAAAUGAAUCCUAAAAGUUAUGUCUCUA